CGAACACAAAUGUGGUCCGGUGUUUUUUGAUAUAUUCUUCCAAGCUAAAAAUUUGUUGGUUGUUAAUUCAAUAAUCGUUUACAACAUUUUUGAUAAAAGAAUUAUUUAUUAAAAACUGAAAAACAAAAUAUAAAUAAACUUAAAUGAUGGACGUGAGACCAAAUCAAACCAUUUACAUUAAUAAUCUUAAUGAAAAAAUCAAAAAAGAAGAACUCAAAAAAUCGCUCUACGCUAUCUUUUCACAAUUCGGACAAAUAUUGGACAUCGUUGCUCUGAAAACGCUUAAAAUGCGAGGCCAAGCUUUUGUUAUAUUCAAAGAAAUCUCAAGCGCUUCGAAUGCCUUGCGUACAAUGCAAGGUUUUCCAUUUUACGAUAAACCCAUGAGAAUUGCAUAUUCGAAAACAGACAGCGAUGUAGUUGCCAAAAUAAAGGGAACCUUCAAAGAGCGACCCAAAAAGGUUAAACCGCCAAAGGCUCCAGCUACCGAAGAAAAGAAAGAUAAAAAGAAAAAGACUGGAGGUGCAGAAAAUGCGGCAUCUAACUCAACAGCCGAACAACCUCCUAAUCAAAUUCUUUUCCUUACUAAUUUGCCUGAAGAAACAAACGAGAUGAUGCUUUCGAUGUUGUUCAAUCAAUUCCCUGGAUUCAAGGAAGUGCGAUUGGUGCCUAAUAGGCAUGAUAUUGCAUUCGUGGAGUUCGCCACAGAGCUCCAGAGUAGCGCUGCUAAGGAAGCGCUUCAAGGAUUCAAGAUUACUCCAACGCACGCGAUGAAAAUUACUUUCGCCAAAAAGUAAACGUAUAGCAAUAAAUUUUACAAAAAAAAUUGUUUUUUUUUAUUCACUUAAAACGUUGAGAUUUUUUAAGUGACUAAUCAUCGAGACAACCAAAGAUUCUCUCUAAAAAUGAUCUCAUGAAUAAAUCGUUGAUAUUGUA